CUCCAGAUCGCCCAGCUAGAUGCACACCAGCCUUGUCCAGCUCAGCCCAACGCCGUGCGUGACAUUUGACACCUUGUAAUUCAGAGCUAGAACAAGUUUCAUUGGUCGCCAGGCAGUUGCUCGCCUGCAGCAAGCAAGCUGUGAUGUCCCCGCUCCACUAACUAGUGGUGCUGCGUGGACGUGACAUCAUCGGUUCCAGUGUCAAGCUUAGCUGGCGCAUCACUCCAACCCCUCCACACCCUCUGAACAGAUCAUUCACAUCAAUUGUUUCCCCGACACUAAAAAGACCUACAGACACUUCACACCUCCAUACAAAAAAUGGAUAAGAUCAAGGAGAAGCUUCACAUCGGCUCCAGCCGCCGCAAGUCACAGCCCGAGAACGACAUCUCUGCUACGUCAGGCACAUCGAACACAGUGCACAGCACCACCUUCAACUCGGGCCCCGGUCACGCCGCCCCUGCUGGCGCCGCUGGCACCCACGGCGGUAACACUAUCGAGGACACCUAUGAGGACCGUGGCAGCUUCGAUGAGGAGCUAGCAACCAUGUCCCCAGACGAGCGCGUAGCCUACCUCAGGGAGUACGACGAUUCAGACAAGCACGACGAGCCCAAGAAGGGUGGCUUGAUUGAAAAGCUGAUCGCGCGCGGCAACAAGAGAACCGAGGAGCAGCUCGAACGCGAGCACGCUGAGAGGACGGCUGGGCAGACCAACCUCAGUGGCGCUGCUGCCACCGCUGGCCAGAACCCCGUUAUUCGAUAAACGGUUUCUGUGGUCUCCAUGACAAGCAAGAGCAAGACAUGGGACAAUGAUUUGAGUGGAGAAUGAGCGGUUCAACGGUCUUACCCAGCCUCGCCUAACGAUCAAUUAAACCUUACGAACUCCUAUUCAAGUGCCAUACCGUGAACGCUCUACUACAGUUUGCAUCGAGGACACUUCUUGGAAUCACUGCACCGAAGCUACCCAUUUUUCAGCUCGUAACUGACAAACUCCAAACUCGAAGCACAUACCCUAGCCCCUAAUGUGCUUCAGCAAUAUUGCCGCAAGCUUCCCCAAACCCUUUAGAUCCACCGCGCCGAGCUCGAGAUAUAC